CCCUUCUGCCUUCUCUGUCGUCAGUCAACGGCAGCCUUCUCCCAAGCUGGUUCGCUGGCGAGUUACCCAGGAAGUCGACUGUGAGAAACAGAAGUUGCAGCUAUCAACAGACACUUCGGUUUAGAUUAUAUCCUGAAAUAUUUUGCUAACGUUACCUAAAGAAAUACUGUGUGUGCAUUUAUUUAAAAAGCAACCACGGAACAUUGAAGAGUGUCGAGUUUAUAACUGAACUCUGUGACGGUGAGGAGACGAGCAGUUCGAAACUUGUCCUGUCAGGCCAGGCCUGGCCUUGCUAACUACGCAGCUAGUAAAUAUUAGCUUGUCUAGCUAGCUAGCCGGAUACCUUGAGGAAGUCAACGAUACUUGGGACGUAAUUGAAAAGAUUCCACUGUCUCUCAGGACACAAUGGCAGACGACUUUGAUAUUGAAGCCAUGUUGGAAGCUCCUUACAAGAAGGAUGACCACAAAUCCUCUAGUGCAAAUGGCCACGAGGAGCGCAGCAAGAAGAAGCACAGGAGCCGCAGCAGGAGCCGGAGCGGCAGUCCCGAGCGUCGCCGGAGUAAGAGCCCAAAAGAACGCAAGAAGAAGAGGAGCCGCAGCCGAGACCGCCGGCGCUCGCGCAGCAGGGACAAGCGCCGCUCACGCAGCCGAGAGCGCGCGGGCCGGUACCGUGGACGGAAGAGCCCCUUCUUUGGGGCGAAAUUUAACGGUGGUCCUGGAGGGAAGAUCGUCCCACCACAUGCCACCAAACAAAGCCGACGACGCUCGCGAAGCAAAAGUCCCUUCAAGAAAGACAAAAGUCCCAUCAGGCAACCCAUAGACAACCUGACGCCUGAGGAGAGAGAUGCACGCACUGUUUUCUGCAUGCAGUUGGCAGCACGUAUACGUCCCAGAGACUUGGAAGACUUCUUUUCGGCUGUUGGCAAAGUGAGGGAUGUGAGGAUGAUCUCAGACAGAAACUCCCGCAGGUCAAAGGGCAUUGCCUAUGUCGAAUUUUUGGAGGCCACCUCUGUGCCACUGGCUAUUGGACUGACGGGCCAGAGGCUACUUGGAGUGCCAAUCAUCGUGCAGGCCUCUCAGGCAGAGAAAAACAGGGCGGCUGCAGCGGCCAAUAACCUCCAGAAGGGCAGUGCUGGCCCUAUGCGCCUGUAUGUGGGAUCGCUCCACUUCAACAUCACAGAAGACAUGCUGAGGGGCAUCUUCGAGCCUUUUGGCAGGAUUGAGAGCAUUCAACUCAUGAUGGACAGUGAGACUGGACGCUCCAAAGGAUACGGAUUCAUCUCUUUUGCAGAUGCUGAGUGCGCCAAGAAGGCUCUAGAUCAGCUGAACGGCUUUGAGCUGGCUGGCCGGCCCAUGAAGGUGGGUCACGUGACUGAGAGAACGGACGCAUCCACAGCCAGCUCGUUCCUGGACAAUGAUGAGUUGGAGCGCACCGGCAUUGACCUGGGGACUACUGGCCGCUUACAGCUCAUGGCCCGCCUUGCAGAAGGCACUGGCCUCCAGAUCCCUCCAGCUGCCCAGCAAGCUCUUCAGAUGAGCGGAUCCAUCCCUUUUGGCAACCUUGCAGCUGUAACAGAUUUACAAGCCAUGUUGAUUCAACCCCCAGAAGCGGCCGGAGCCCCAACGCUGAACUUACCCAGUAUGAACCAGGCCAUGAACCUGCCCACCCAGCCCCUGGCCACACACUGCCUUCAGCUCUCCAACAUGUUCAGCCCACAAUCUGAAAAUGAACCUGGCUGGGAUAAAGAGAUCCAGGAUGAUGUCAUUGAAGAGUGCAACAAACAUGGAGGAAUAGUCCACAUAUAUGUGGACAAAAACUCUCCUCAGGGCAACGUGUAUGUCAAAUGUCCAACUAUUCCUACCGCAAUGGCAGCAGUCAACGCCCUCCAUGGACGCUGGUUUGCAGGAAAAAUGAUCACGGCUGCCUAUGUGCCCCUGCCCACGUACCAUAACUUGUUCCCGGACUCUGUGACGGCCACACAGCUCCUGAUGCCCACACGCCGGUGAUGCCCAGUCGCUGCUGUGUCUAAACAUGUACAUAACGUUCCGCUCAGAGGGGGCUUCCUUUACGGCCUCCGCGUCUCUUCAAAAGUAUGACCCCCCACCCCAAACCACACACACGUACAGUGGGACUGGUUUAGUGUAGUUGUCAGAGAAUUUGGGAAAGAGACUGCCGACGGCUAAUGGCUGUGACAAACUGGUUUUAUGAAGUUUUAUUUAGCCUGAUAUCAGUGCCCACAGUAUCCCUUUCAUGACUGGAGUGUUUGGGGUGGCUCUCAUGGAAGAGAGAUUAUUUUGAAGGCUGCAGCAGUUCUUUAUGAGAAGCAGGGCUUUGUGGUUUGUUUUUCUGUUUGUUCUUUGGUAUGCUUUCCAGUAGUGCACUUGUGUGUGAUUGGAAAAUUAAAAACCUCUGCAUUUUGUCAUGCCAGGACUAAAGUUGCAGUUGGCUCUGAGUGAGUGUCCUGUGAUCAUCUUGUGUAUAUAAACACACAUCCUUUUAGUCUUCAUACAUUUUGCAGCUCACAGUUUUUGUUUGUUGCAAUUGAUCAGAAGGUCAGAAAAGAAAUGAGAAUAUUUGGUUUCUUCCCUUCUUCGUUACCCCGCCACAAAUAAACAGAAUGAGGAUGGAUUAUCAGAGUCCACAUUUGUAACUUUUUGUAAUCAAGAAUUUUGUUUUUCUAAAGAAUGUCUUGAUUAAACAACAACUUGAUGAAACAACA